AUGACUAGGCAGAAGACAUCUUGCGAGACUGUACCUUUGUUAAAGGCUUCAUUUUCCUCUGACAGUAUCAAAAGAACUAGAAGGACCAGACAGUGGAGUUCCAUUUUCAAGAUAAUCGCUCAUAUGUCACUGUGCAAAUUUAUUCCAUUAGUUCUCGUGGGAGUGGUGGUGUUUGUAGUGACCGGGAUCACUGGUGACCCGCUGUAUGAAUGCCUUCAAGACACAGACUACAGCGAGCUCCUAGAUAUUGUGGAUAAAGGGCUCCCUGCUGCAAAGACACCUCAACAUGUUGCAAUUAUUGGUGGGGGCAUUGCAGGGCUAACUGCUGCCAAGUUUUUGAAAGACGCCGGCCAUAAGGUGACCAUAAUAGAAGCCAGUCACCGGAUAGGAGGACGUGUUGAGACCUUCAGGAACACAAGGGAAGGCUGGUAUGCAGAAGUGGGCGCCAUGCGGAUCCCCAGCUUUCAUAAGAUUCUGCUAUCCUUUGCCUCCAAAUUACAAAUUCCUUUGAAUCGUUUUAUCCAAGAUGACUUGAACACCUAUUUUUUGCUAAAUGGAAAACUUCAUAAAAACUUUGCAGUGGAAAACAACUAUGAUGUGCUCAACUACACACUGAAUGAAAAAGAGAGGGGGAAGUCGGCUGCACAACUCUUCAGUGAGACUCUGUGGAAGGUUCGAGAUGAUCUUGAGACAAGUGGCUGCAAUGCAAUGUUGGACAAGUAUGACUCCUACACAGUCAAAGAAUACUUGGUGAAAGAGGGUAAUCUGAGUCGUGGUGCUCUGCGGAUGAUCGGAGACAUCCUAAAUGAAAACAGCCUCUUUUACACAUCCAUGCUUGAGAUGUUAUAUGUUCAGUCGGACAUCAAUGACAACACUGAGUACUUUGAAGUGAUUGAUGGCUUUGACCGUCUCACAACAGCUUUCUACAGUAUGUUGAAUGCCACAACCUUCCUCAAUUCAAAAGUAAAACUCAUCAACCAACUAGGAGGCAGAAAUGUGACAGUAACAUACCAGGACCAGCGUACUCCAGGUUCUCUGACAAACCUGACGGUGGACUAUGCUCUGGUCACAGCCACAGCCAAAGCUACACUCUUCAUUGACUUCCAGCCACCGCUUUCUGGGGACAAAAUGGAAGCCCUGCGCUCAGUUCACUACGCAAGCUCAACUAAAGUCAUACUCAGUUUUAGGGAACGCUUUUGGGAGAAAGAGGGUAUCAGGGGAGGGAAGAGCAUUACAGACCGACCAUCUCGCUUUAUUUAUUACCCCAGCCACAGUUUCCCAGGAACAGAUGCAGGGGCCCUGCUCGCAUCGUACACUUGCUCUGAUGACUCCACACUCUUUCAAGGUGUGAGCGAAGAGGAGCUGAUGGCUGUGGUCCUGGACGAUUUGGUUAAGAUCCACGGCGAGGAUAUCAAGUCUUCAUUUACUGGUGGACUGGUGAAGAAGUGGGGCUUGGACCCUUACAGCCUGGGAGCCUUUGCCCUGUUCACACCAUAUCAAGGCCUCUAUGCCAGAGAACUAUUCCAGAGUGAAGGACGUGUGCACUUUGCAGGAGAACACACAGCUCUACCUCAUGGAUGGAUAGAAACCUCCAUGAAAUCCGCUCUCAGAGCAGCUAAAAAUAUCAAUAGUCUCACAACUUAA